UAAUGAAUAGACUGUUCGGGGAAUGCACGUGGGGCUUACCUGGGCAAUAGCUCCGUUUUAUAGAGCCUUGGGAUCUAUUGGAAACACCCGUAUUUUUGUGCUGUGUAUAAACACACGCAUUUCUCAUGUUCCAACUUAGCACCAGAAACAACCCUCAACUUUGUUGAGUUUUAGAGUUCAACGUAUUUCAUCAUGGUUUCCUUCACGCUUGUUGCAACAUACUUGUUGCCCUUUGCUGCUGUCUUAAGCUCAGUUAAUGCUGGGGACAGCUCCCCAGUGGACUGGGAUAACUGUGAUGAGAUUCGAACCAUCAGCACGACUGCCAGCACGACUGCCAGCACAACUGCAGACCCAACUACUACUACUAGUGCUUCACCUACAUCUACCGCCGCCACAUUUUCUGGCCCGGGUUACCUCGAGGGAUACUACGACGGAAUCCAUAAGGGUUGUCUCAUCACAGCUGGCACCUGGUAUGCUGGAGUAUGCGCCAAAAUCACAGCUAUCCCACUCGAUAAUGGCUUCACUAUCUCGACUAGCAAAGGUCCAUGUGCCGUGACCGACUCAGUAAUCAACUGCGCAGCGGGUACAACACCUAGUGUAUUCAACCAAAUCGAUGGCCUUCUUGCAUAUGGCGGCAGCUCGGCGUGGUACGUCCCAGCCGUGCCAAACCCAGCACAGAUUGUGUCCCAGAUUCCCGGCCCUGUUGCUGUUACCUUCCAGUGGUUGGGACACUAGGUGAUAAGGGAGGUUGUAGAGUAGUCACUGUAUGAAUUGUCAAUCCAAGGAUAUCGGACGGAUAUAACGGG